UCUGUGGAUGGAUACACUGAACCACACGUCCAGCCUAUCAAGUCAAGUAGCAGACAAAACAUCCCCCGAUGUAGAAACUCCAUUACAUCUACCAAUGAAGAGCAUCCUCACAUUGGAAAUUAUCGCUUACUGAAAACAAUAGGAAAAGGAAAUUUUGCCAAAGUGAAACUGGCAAGGCAUGUGCUUACUGGAAGAGAGGUUGCUGUGAAAAUAAUAGAUAAAACCCAGCUUAAUCCUACUAGUCUGCAAAAGUUGUUUCGAGAAGUACGAAUAAUGAAGAUACUGAAUCAUCCCAAUAUUGUAAAAUUAUUUGAAGUUAUUGAAACUGAAAAGACAUUGUAUUUGGUAAUGGAAUAUGCCAGUGGGGGAGAAGUGUUUGACUACCUAGUUGCACAUGGAAGGAUGAAAGAGAAAGAGGCUCGUGCAAAAUUCAGGCAGAUUGUAUCUGCUGUGCAGUACUGUCAUCAGAAAUGCAUAGUUCAUCGUGAUCUUAAGGCAGAAAACCUUCUACUUGAUGCAGACAUGAACAUUAAAAUUGCAGACUUUGGUUUUAGUAACGAAUUUACAGUUGGUAAUAAACUGGACACGUUUUGUGGAAGCCCCCCUUAUGCCGCUCCUGAACUUUUCCAAGGAAAGAAAUACGAUGGUCCUGAAGUGGAUGUGUGGAGCCUUGGGGUGAUUUUGUACACACUAGUAAGCGGAUCAUUGCCAUUUGAUGGUCAGAAUCUAAAGGAACUGAGGGAGCGAGUACUGAGGGGGAAGUACCGCAUUCCAUUCUAUAUGUCCACAGACUGUGAAAAUCUACUGAAGAAGCUGCUAGUACUGAAUCCAAUAAAACGAGGCAGCUUGGAACAAAUUAUGAAGGAUCGGUGGAUGAAUGUUGGCCAUGAAGAAGAAGAACUAAAGCCAUAUACUGAGCCUGAACCAGAUUUCAAUGACACCAAGAGAAUAGACAUUAUGGUCACAAUGGGCUUCUCAAGAGAAGAAAUUCAUGAGUCUUUAGUAAACCAAAAGUACGAUGAAGUCAUGGCUACUUAUCUGCUUCUAGGUAGAAAACCACCUGAAUUUGAAGGAGGUGAGUCCUUGUCCAGCAGCAACUUGGGUCAAAGGUCUCGUCCUAGCAGCGACCUCAACAACAGUUCUGUGCAGUCUCCUGCUCACCUGAAGGUCCAGCGGAGUAUAUCAACAAAUCAGAAACAGCGGCGGUUCAGUGAUCAUGUUGGUCCCUCAAUUCCUCCUGCUGUGUCAUACACGAAAAGGGCUCAGGCAAAUAGUGUGGAAAGUGAACAGAAAGAAGACUGGGACAAGGAUGUCUCACGCAAACUUAGCAGCACUACAGUGGGAUCCAAAGGAGAGAUGGCUGCAAGUCCACUUGUGGGUCCAGAAAGAAAGAAAUCAACUACAGUUCCCAGUAAUAAUGUAUUUUCUGGUAGUGGAAUGACAAGGAGGAAUACUUACGUUUGUGAACGUUCUUCAGAUCGCUAUUCUGCAAUACAGAAUGGGAAGGACAACAGCCUAACAGAAAUGUCUGCGAGUAGCACAUCUUCUGCAGGCUCUGCAGUAGCUUCUGCUGUAUCAACACGGCCUCGACAUCAAAAGUCUAUGUCUGCCUCUGGUCAUCCUAUAAAAGUUACACUGCCAACCAUCAAAGAUGGCACUGAAGCUUACCGACCAAGCAGUGCAACUCAAAGAGUGCCUGCUGCUUCCCCGUCUGCUCAUAGUAUUAGCACUACCACUCCAGACCGAACCCGCUUUCCUCGGGGGAGUUCAAGUCGAAGCACUUUCCAUGGUGAGCAGCUAAGGGAGCGGCGUAAUGCCACUUACAAUGGACCGCCCGCCUCACCAUCACAUGAAACCGGUGCUUUUGCACAUGCUAGAAGAGGGACAUCAACUGGUAUAAUAAGCAAGAUAACUUCCAAGUUUGUUCGCAGGGAUCCAAGUGAAGGCGAAGCCAGUGGCAGAACUGACACCUCAAGGAGUGCUUCUGGGGAGCCAAAAGACAGAGAGAAGGAGGAUAGCAAAGAUUCGAAGCCACGCUCCUUGCGGUUCACAUGGAGUAUGAAGACCACUAGUUCUAUGGACCCGAACGAUAUGAUGCGAGAGAUUCGGAAAGUGUUAGAUGCUAAUAACUGUGAUUACGAACAAAAAGAGAGGUUUUUGCUCUUCUGUGUUCACGGUGAUGCACGACAAGAUAGCCUUGUUCAGUGGGAGAUGGAAGUCUGCAAACUGCCACGAUUGUCGCUCAAUGGAGUUCGUUUCAAGAGAAUAUCUGGGACUUCUAUCGCAUUUAAGAACAUUGCAUCCAAGAUAGCAAACGAGCUUAAGCUGUAAAGAGAACCUACAUUUUUUUGGGAUCAGGGAAGAUUCAUACAUGAUCUACACUUUGAAUGUACUGGUUACGCCUAAUGUGAUUGGCCUGUGAAACUCCCCAUGUAGAAAUUGCCCUUAUUGCAAUAAGGUUAUACAUAGUUAUUCAGAAUUGUAAAGUUAAAUCCAGUAUGACCUAUAUUAAAUAACUGUAGCUAAAAAAGUUAUGUUCACAUGUACAGGUAAGUAUAUAGAGCAUUCUGUUCAUUUUAUGUUCAUAGAGUUGUAUAAUAAAAAGAUGACUGCUUAAAUUCAGAUCUUGUAUAGUUGUCUAGAUUUCUGCACAGAAAUGUAUGUUUGAUGCUUUGAGUUGGAAAAGUUCUUCCCUAUCAUUUACAUUUUUGGUGGUUUUUAUAAGUCUUACCUCUAUCAUGCGUUUUUUAAAAAACUUGUCCUGAGUCAAAUGCACAAAAGUAGUUUUCACAACCGUAGCAUGACCAUUUUUAAUUAAAGAUUGUUCAUGAUUUGAACCAAAAGUCGAUGAAUAAUUGGCUUUUGUUCUGUGCGAGACUGUUCCUGCUUAUCUUUGGCUCUUAUCCUUGUUAUUGGACAGUGUUUAGUU